CUUGUAACAACUUCAGCCUGAAGAUCAAUACCGAUGAGAUGGUGGUGAUGUAUCAACCUGCUCCAGGUUUAUCUUUGAGGAACCAGUUUUGAAGGGAACCUAGAAACAGCAAAGCUGACAGCAUGCAACGGAGGAUGGACACGAAGGAGGCUCUGUUGGGAACAGAAAGAAAGAAAAAUGAGCAACAUGAACCGUGAAGACCGGAAUGCGCUGCGUAUCAAAGAAAGAGAGAGGCGCAAUCAAGAGAUUCAACAGGGUGAAGAAGCUUUUCCACCAAACUCUCCUCUCUUUGCUGAACCAUAUAAAGUUACCAGCAAAGAAGAUAAAUUGUCUAGCCGUAUCCAAAGUAUGCUUGGAAAUUAUGAUGAAAUGAAGGAUUUUAUAGGUGACCGGUCACUGCAGAAGCUUGUUGGAACAGUACCAUCAACACCAGAUGAAAAAUCAAAUCCAAGUUUCUUUGGUGAUCAGAGGCACAAUACUGGUUCGCAUCAGAGCAACAAAUGGACACCUGUGGGUCCAGCACCUAGCACUUCUUCCCAGUCACAGAAACGGUCUUCAGGUUUACAGAGUGGACAUGGUAGCCAACGCAGCAGUGGCAGCAGCUCUAGCAGUAGUGGUCAGAGGCAUGAUCGUGACACAUAUGGCAGUAGCGGGAGCAGCAGUAGCCGCAAAAAAGCCCAGCAUGGAUCUGAACACUCAAAGUCCCGUUCCUCCAGCCCUGGAAAACAAUCGGCUGUUUCUUCUCUGAACCCUACUCAUUCCAGAUCUCAUGGAAGUGAUCAUCACAGCAAAGAGCAUCAGCGCUCAAAAUCUCCACGAGACCCUGAUGCCAACUGGGAUUCACCCUCCCGUGUACAUUCAUUUUCUAGUGGUAGCCAAUCUUUUCCUCCUUCACUCAUGUCAAAAUCUAACACAAUGUUGCAGAAACCUACUGCCUAUGUAAGGCCUAUGGAUGGUCAGGAAUCCAUGGAACCAAAGCUAUCAUCUGAACACUACAGUAGCCAGACUCACAACAACAAUAUGAAUGAACUGAAACCUAGUAGCAAAGCACAUCUAACAAAACUGAAAAUUCCUUCUCAGCCACUUGAUGCGUCAGCAUCUGGUGACAUGAGCAGUGUGGAUGAAAUUCUAAAAGAGAUGACUCAUAUUUGGCCGCCUCCACUUACUGCUAUUCAUACACCUUGCAAAAGUGAACCUUCAAAGUUUCCAUUCCCAACAAAGGAAACUCAGCAGUCCAAUUUUGGUACUGGAGAACAAAAACGAUACAAUCCUUCAUCAAAAGCAUCAAAUGGCCAUCAGUCUAAACCUUGUGAACCAAACCAGACAGACGUUCUGAUAAAUGACUUGAAACUCAGCAGCAGUGAAGAUAGCGAUGGUGAACAGGACUCUGAUAAGACAGUGCCAAGAAGUACACCUGGAAGUAAUUCUGAACCAUCCCAACAUACAAGUGAAGGAGCAGAUAAUUCUAGGGAUGACUCAAGCAGUCAUAGUGGAUCUGAGAGCAGCUCUGGUUCAGACUCUGAAAGUGAAAGUAGUUCCAGUGACAGUGAGGCAAAUGAGCCAUCGCAGAGUGCAUCUCCAGAGCCUGAGCCGCCUCCAGCAAACAAGUGGCAGCUUGACAACUGGCUGAACAAGGUGAAUCCACACAAAGUAUCCCCAGCUUCUUCCGUGGACAGUAACAUCCCACCCACCCAGAGUUACAAAAAAGAAAGUAGAGAUCAGAACACAGGAAGUGGCUAUGGAGAUCAGAGUGGAUCUAAAGAUUCCAUUUCUUCCACUCCUGGAAGAGAUUCCAAAACCAGCCAGAAAGGAUCAGAAAGCAACCGUGGCAGACAAAGGUCACCUGCUCAGAGUGAUAGCAUGACCCAAAGGAGGACUGUAGGUAAAAAGCAGCCCAAAAAGACAGAGAAACCGUCUGUAGAAGAGCCAAGAGGGGGACUAAAAAUAGAAAGUGAAACCCCAUUGGAUAUGACAACAAACAUACCCUCUAACAGGCACAAAGCAGCGACAAAGGGCUCCAGAAAGCCCAACAUAAAGAAAGAGCCUAAGUCUUCUCCUCGGCCUACAACAGAGAAAAAGAAAUGCAAGGUUACAGCCAAGCCCACCCAGAAGUCUAAGGAAUUCAUAGAAACAGAUACCUCAUCUUCUGAUUCUGAUGAGAAUGAGAGCCUCCCUCCUUCAUCACAAACUCCUAAAUAUUCUGAGAGCAAUAGGACUCCUGUUAAACCCUCCAUGGAGGAGGAUGACAGCUUUUUGCGGCAAAAAAUAUUCUCUCCUAUGGAAGAGAAGGAACUCCUUUCACCACUCAGUGAUCCUGAUGAAAGAUACCCUCUUAUUGUGAAGAUUGACUUAAGCCUCUUAACCAGAAUACCAGGGAAGCCUUACAAAGACACAGACCCAUCAAAAGUUGAGAGGAAGAACGUGUCUGAAAAACAUCCAAAGGAGCCCCAGAAAACAUCUUCUGACAAAAACUCCAACAAGGGCAAAAGAAAGCAUAAGUUAUGUCAGAGUGGAGAAGAAAGCCGAGGUACUGAAAGCAAGAAAACUAAGCUGGAAGAAAAGCCUUCUUCUGUACACAGAACUUCUAGUAAAAGAGACAGGGCAUCAAAGCAAAAUGCUGCUAAAGAGAAGGAUCUUCUGCCAUCUCCAGCCACAACACCAAUAAUCCAGAAAGAUUUGAAGCAAGAGCAUGGGUCUCGGAAGAGAACCAUCAGUCAGUCCUCCUCCUUGAAAUCAAGCAGCAACAGUAAUAAGGAGAGUAGCAGCAGUAAAAGUAGCUCAUCUAAACAAAAGAAGACUGAAGGGAAGGCCUUGAGUAAUGCUAAGGAAGCAAAGGAAAAGGUUUUAAAUACUUCUUCAAACUGCCCUUCUGCCUCCAUUGCGACUCCAGAUAAUUCGAAGUCCCGGAGAGCGAAGCUAGUGUUUGACGACAGGACUUAUUCAGCAGAUCACUACCUGCAAGAAGCAAAGAAGCUAAAGCAUAAUGCAGAUGCACUGUCUGACAGGUUUGAGAAAGCUGUGUUCUACCUUGAUGCUGUAGUAUCCUUCAUUGAAUGUGGGAAUGCAUUGGAGAAAAAUGCUCAGGAAUCAAAGUCCCCAUUCCCUAUGUAUUCCGAAACUGUGGAGUUGAUCAAAUACACUAUGAAAUUGAAGAAUUACUCAGCACCGGAUGCAACUGCUGCAGACAAAAGGCUAGCAGUGCUCUGUCUGAGAUGCCAGUCCCUUUUAUACUUAAGACUUUUCAAACUGAAGAAGGAAAGUGCUUUAAAGUAUUCCAAGACACUAACUGAACAUUUAAAGAAUUCAUAUAACAAUUCUCAAGCACCAUCACCUGGUAUGGGAAGCAAACCUGUCAGCAUGCCAUCUCCAGUCUCCCCAAAGUUGUCUCCAGGAAAUUCAGGAAAUUACUCUACAGGAUCAACCAACCCUUCAGGGAGCACAUCUUCAGUAACUAUUCCACAGAGGAUACACCAGAUGGCAGCCAGCUAUGUCCAGGUUACUUCCAAUUUUCUGUAUGCCACUGAAAUUUGGGACCAAGCUGAUCAGCUUGCCAGAGAGCAAAAAGAAUUCUUUGCUGAACUGGAUAAAGUUAUGGGCCCUCUGGUUUUUAAUGCAAGUGUCAUGACAGACCUAGUACGUUACACCAGACAGGGGCUGCACUGGUUGCGUUUGGAUUCCAAGUGAUAACUGGACUGAAGACAUUUAAAGCAUAGAAGAUCCUUUUCUUGCUGCCUCUGAUUUUUUUUUCAACACUGUGUCAUAAAAAAAGGAAGACUGCCAUAAUGCAUUGCUUAGUGCAAGCUUAGAUUAAGGAAUACUUUCGUAUGUCUCCCAGCAUCAUGUCUAAGAACCUCCAAACCAUCAUGUUAGUGAACUUUUUUUUGUCAUUGUCCUAUUUUAAAGAUAUUUAAGGAUAGUUUAAAACUGUGCAACAUUUUAAUGUGAGAUGGAUUCACUGAAGCUGCAAUGGAUUGGAAUUCUAGUAAUUAUGCCUAACAAAUCUGUUUUAAAUUUUAUUUAUUUUAAUCUGUUUUUAAGAGCUCUAUUUUUGGGCUGUUUCAAGAUUUAGCUGUUUUUCCUAUAAAUUUUUCCUGAUCAAGUACUUAGUGAAGAUUAAAUGUAGACACUUUAUUUAAGUAUUUUGUGGACUUUGUUAUUCUGUAAUGUCUUGUGGUAGAGCUUGUAAAGAGAAAGUCAGGGUUGAUAGAUUCUGAAGUGUAGGGACACAUUUUUGUAAGUAUCAGAGUCAACGACUAAAUGACAGCCACAAUUUUCCUGAUGUACUAAAUUUCAUGGAUCUUCUGUUCAUUUAGCCAUUUUAUUUAAGUAAAAUGUUAAAAUAUAUAUGGAAAAUUAGCUUCAAAACACUAAUAACUAACAAUCUCAAAACAUUACAGGAAGUUGCAUUUAAUGCAAUAUCAAAAUAAUGUGGGUCACAAUGAGCUUUAGUCUGCAGGGGUAGGCUAGGAAUGGUGUCAAAUGGACAAUCUUGUGCUUUUGUACAGCCUCUGUUUUCAUUGUUAGACACUGAAGCCACUAACUUUAACUCCUGUAUGAAACUAAAGUACAUAAUCUGAAAAUGUGUGUAGUGACUAGCAUGUUUGUUUUCUCUCAGACAGGAUUACAGGAUGUGCAACAUGGGGUAGAAACUAGAUCUAUGAUUACAGGGGCAUUUUAAACUGUUUUGUCCAACUCAUUUGGAAUCUUUCUUUCCUGCCAAUUUAAGUUACCUUCAUUAAUAUUAAAUGUUUGUGAUGGGAACAGAAUUUUUAACUUAAGAAAAAAUUACUGUGAUCAGCAAGAAUUGUGUGUGGAAUUCUAAAUAAUUGCUUUAAAAUUACUAACCAAAGUACCUUUUUGUAGAAGGUGCUUCUCUGAGUGAAAGAAUUUUACUUAGUGUCCCUAUCAUGUCUGGUGUGCCUUAUGCCUUUUUAGAUGAAGAUUUUGAAUACUGUUUACAAGUGGUUUUACAUUUAAGACUUGGUAUACUAUAUCCAGUUGGUCUCCUGCAGUACUUCAGUAAAAUUCCACUUCCUUUUCAUAAUAUUAGUGGCUGUCAGAUGUUGACAAUGCACAUAGGUUAUUUUGUGGAGUCAAACUCUCAACCAUUCAGUGUGGGAUCAUGGAAUGCUGCUUUACCUGCCCUUGUCCCUGAACCCCUGUUCUAGUUCUGAACGUGCAUGUUCAAGAAAACGAUUGCACUAAAUUUAUGUCGAGCUCUAUAGCUAUGUGCCAAAAUGAUGGCAAACUUUACAAGAAGGAAUAGAAUUCAACAUUAAUCAGUACUGCAGUGUGUCCUUGGGACAUUGAGAAAUGAGGAGCUUCAUAAAUUAGAGUAACUUCACUAAGCAAUAGCUGAUUUAUUCACAGAGCCUAGCAUACUGACAUUUUGUACUUCUAGGGAUGCAUGACUUUAUACCAUGGGUUUUGGAUCAGUUGCUUUCAAAUUAUAAUCUGUCCUGUACUCAGAUUCACUCUGUUGUUUACUUCAUACAUCAGCCCCAAGGUUUCUUUUUUAAGGGUGGAGAAAAAAAGUCCAAGAUCUUGCAGAGUGCUUCAGUAUUCUCCCAUUCCCACUGCAGUACACCAUAGCACAGAGAACAGGCUCCAGGAUCUUUUAUAGUCCUCUGGAGUGCAAUAUAUAUUGUCACAGGGUUUUAAAACUACCUGAGGAACUGCAUGAGGGAGGGAGGCAUCACUAAUUCUGCAAGACGCAGGGAUCUGGGAAACUAUACAAUUGCAUCCUGGUAUUACAAAAGUAUUACUAGGGACGUGGUGGCGCUGCGGGUCAAACCACAGAAGCCUCUGUGCUGCAAGGUCAGAAGACCAACAGU